AUGAAGUUCUUAAUAAUCCUCGCCUUGGUAGCUCUGGCUUCAGCUCGUCCUGAUGAAAAUUACGAUCGGUACGAAUACUUUGACGUGGAUGAACUGGUGUCCAAUGUACGUCUUCUUAAAGCUUAUAUAAAGUGUUUCCUUGGAGAAGGAAAAUGUACUCCCGAAGGCAGUGAAUUCAAAAAAUGGAUACCUGAUGCUAUACAAUCAAAUUGCGGCAAAUGUUCCGAUAAGCAAAAGCAUAUCGUAGGCAGGGUUAUUAAAGCCAUCAUUGACAAUCUUCCUGAAGAAUGGAAUAAGCUAAAUGCUAUGCACAACCCAGACGGAAAAUACGAUGAAAUCAUGAAAAACUUUCUGGAUAAAUACACAUAA